AUGGCAGUAAAGAAUCGUACAGCAACGUCGGGGAAAUUAGAUGACGUGUCUGCGUUGGGAAAUAAACAAUCCAAGCCUGUUGUUAAUGAAAAAAAAGAAAUUGAAGUGGAACUUCAAGGAGAAAACAUUGAAAACGAAAAAUGUCAUAAUGGUAGUGAUGUAAAGCAAGGGGAAAGUGAAAGUGCAAACGUCUGUGAAGAAGGAAAACAUAAAUUUUGGGACGAAAUAAGAAAGCAAGUUGAAUGUGGUGAAAACAAAGAAGAUCAUUGGCAGAGGACAAUUCUUUGGCGUGCUUUUCAGUUUAAUCCAGUAGAUCAAAAAAUUGCUAAAUAUUUAGUUGACCAUGGAGCAGACAUUUAUUCCCAGAACGAAGAAGGUGAAACAGUACUGGGGAUUGCGACAAGAAAUGGUUUACUCGAUCUUGUUAAGUAUUUUGUUCAAUAUGGCCCGAAACGAACAUUUCGAGAUGAUUACAGAUCUCUUCAGAGUGCAAUACAGUCUCAAUCAUUUGAAAUUGUGGAAUAUUUCGUUAAAAGGGGCGCUAAUGUAAACGGAAAUUAUACUGAUGGGGAAACAGUGCUGCAUUUUGCAGUUAUUGAAGUCUUGCACUAUGCUGCUAGCAAUGGUACACUUGAAAUGGUAAAAUAUCUUGUUGAAAAUGGCGCUGAUGUAAAUGGAAAUGAUACUGACGGGUGGACAGUGCUGCACAAUGCUGUUACUGAUGGUAAGCUAGAAAUCAUAAAAUAUCUUGUUGAAAAUGGCGCUGAUGUAAAUGGCAAGUAUAUUGAUGGAUGGACAGUCUUGCACUAUGCUGUUAGCAAAGGUACACUAGAGAUGGUAGAAUAUCUUGUUGAAAAGGGCGCUGCUGUAAAUGGCAAGAAUACUUACGGUAGGACAGUGUUGCACUGCGCUGUUACUGAAUGCACGAUGGAUAUAGUAAAAUACCUUGUUGAAAAUGGCGCUGAUGUAAUUGGUAAGGCGACAAACGGGUGGACAGUGUUGCACUAUGCUGUUAGCAAAGGUACACUAGAAAUGGUAAAAUAUCUUGUUGAAAAGGGCGCUGAUGUAGAUGGUAAGAAUACAUACAGUAGGACAGUGUUGCACUACGCUGUUUCUGAAGGUACGAUGGAUAUAGUAAAAUACCUGGUUGAAAAUGGCGCUGGUGUAAUUGGUAAGACGACGAACGGGUGGACAGUGCUGCACAAUGCUGUUAGCAAAGGUACACUAGAAAUGGUAAAAUAUCUUGUUGAAAAGGGCGCUGAUGUAAAUGGAAAGGAUACUAAAGGGUGGACAGUAUUGCACAAUUCUGUUGCUGAAAAAAGGCUAGAAAUCAUAAAAUGUCUUGUUGAAAUUGGCGCUGAUGUAAAUGGAAAGUAUACUGAUGGAUGGACAAUCUUUCACUAUGCUGUUUCUAAAGGUACACAAGAAAUGGUGAAAUAUCUUGUUGAAGAAGGCGCCGAAAUAAAUGGAAAGGAUACUGACGGGUGGACAGUGCUGCACGCUGCUGUUACUGACGAUAAGCUGGAAAUCAUAAAAUAUCUUGUUGAAAAUGGCGCUGAUGUAAAUGGCAAGUCUACUAGUGAUGGAUGGACAGUCUUGCACUAUGCUGUCAGCAAAGUAAAAUACCUGGUUGAAAAUGGCGCUGAUGUAAUUGGUAAGACGACGAACGGACGGACAGUGCUGCACAGCGCCGUUACGAAAGGUACGCUAAGUGUGGUAAGAUACCUAGUCAGAAAUGGCGCUAAUGUAAAUGGUAAGAAUUCUGACAAGUCGACAGUCCUGCACAGUGCUGUUAAUAAAGGUAGCCUGGAUAUCACAAAGCACCUCGUGGAAAAUGGCGCUGAUGUAAAUGCUAAAUAUACUGACGGUUGGACCGUCCUACACGCCGCUGUCGAUACAGGUGAAUUAGAAAUUGUCAAGUAUUUAGUUGAACAGGGUGCUGACAUAGCUCCUAAAAGUAAUAUCAGCGCUCUUGGCACUGACAUCAUGAGGAUGGCUGUUGUGAACAAUUCAGUUGCUUUGGUGAAACUCCUCUUGCAAAAGAACAUAGUUGUUUCGAGAGCUGGAAAAUUUCUUGUCGAGGGAAGGCAAAUGAGUCUUCUUGAAUGGAGUAUUUACAUUGGCCAUGAUGAAAUUAAAACUAUUCUAAAGAGGUCCAUAAAACAUCGCGAGAAAAUUGAGAUGUUGAAAACAAUGAACCACAACCAGUUAGAAAAGACUGAAAUACCGAUUCAGGCUUUUGUCGCGAAGAAUCAAUUCAAAAUUGGCGAUGGUUGUGGUGGUUCACGUGUCUAUGUUGGUCUCAUGAAAGAUGGAAGUGAAGUUGCUGUUAAGAGAAUCUUGGUGCAAAGUGAGGACAAAACAGUUGAAAACGAAAAGGAAAUCAUGAGUCUCAUUGAAACGGAAAACUGUCCAUUUAUAGUGAGCUAUCGUUAUUUUCAUUCUGGCGAUGACUUCAUGUAUCUUAUUGUUGAUCUUUGCGAGGAAAACUUGAGGGAACUUGUUCAUGCAUGCAGUAUUGAGCAUCUACAAGAGCAUGGUCCACGAAUGAUUCGGGAAAUUCUAUCAGGACUUGAAUUUCUUCAUGGUAAAGGAGUAUUGCACAGAGAUUUAAAACCUUCAAACGUCCUGGUUGAUAUCGAAGGUCGCAUGAAAUUGGCAGACUUUGGAAUAAGCCGUGUCCUAGAAGACGAUCAAACGACAGUUCAAACAUUCGUGAGAGGCACUCCUGGAUGGAUGCCAUCGGAAGUAACUCAAGCCAUUGAGAAAAAUGAGAAAUGUCGUUUUAAAAGGAAAUCAGAUGUCCAGGUCGCGGGUAUGAUUGCUUUCUACGUCUUAACUAAAGGUGAACACCCUUUUGGUUCUUCCUUUGAUCGAAUGAGAAAUAUUUCGGAAGGGAACUCUGUCAGUUUGAAGAAACUUGGUGAUCGCAAAGCUCAAAAGUUUGUGUCGUGGCUGAUCAAUCAUAAAAUUGAUGAGAGACCUUAUGCUCACGAGGCGUUGAGGGAUCCUUUCGUUGAUGAACAUUGA